UCCAACUUUAAUUGGAGUAUAGUAGCUGGUGAAUGUUUUCUAGUUGGAGAAAAAGAAAAUUUAAGAACCUAAGUUUCACCUAUCAUUUCUUGGGCACACCAUAAAGCCUUAGCCCUUACAAAGACUCCAAAAGCCAGAGACAGUUCUUUUUAGUGAGUAUAGAUGUUAAACAGCUGCCCCUGGGAGAAAGGGUUCCCUUUCGUCUCCACACCACAGGAUGGCCUUCUAAUCAGAAGCCUGGGAUAUAAGAGAAAUGACAGGGACACCUCACUGUUGAAAAGUCUCAAGUGCCAUCCUAGAAUCACAGGACCAAAGGGACAAGAGAGAAAGAGAGAACGGGACACAGAGACUCUGGUUUGGAUAUCAGUGGAAAAUGGAAACGACAUUUGCAGUGGCUAUGAGGUGCUCUGAACUGGGGUUGGGGGUGAGGGUGGGGGUGGUUGGGAACAACCCUCAGGUGUCGGAGGUGCCCACCAAGGUGAAAGGGUGAGCUUUGCAUUUGUCACAAAUCUUUCGCUGUUUUUUAUGGUCUGGCCCACUGCUGUUAAUAGAACGUUCAUGGCCCUAACUACUUUGUGCGAACUGACUUUUAGAACAACUGAAAUUUUUAAUUUUUUUAAUCAUAAAGUGUCAAUGGGAUAUUUUCUAAUAUAUAUUUUUUUCUUUUUUUUCGGAGCUGGGGACCGAACCCAGGGCCUUGAGCUUGCUAGGCAAGCGCUCUACCACUGAGCUAAAUCCCCAACCCCUUUCUAAUAUAUUUUUAUAUACCAAUAUACCACUUUAAUUGAAUAGGAAACCUAGUUUGAGCUUUUCUUGGUGACUCAUGGGUUCACCACCUUUUGCUUUUUUUUUUUUAAUCUAAGGCCGACGGAUAAAAUACAAAUAUUAAGUAAAAUCUGACUUUCAGUUAAAUACAUAUUUUGUCACACUUGUAGUAUAAACAAAUUAUUCCUCGUUGUUUGUCUGAAAUUCAAAUUUCACUGGCUUUUUUUUUUUUUUUUUAAAUUUCUGAAGCCUGGUCGCUCCGCUCCGCCAUGGUGCUGUCAUGAUACAGCAAUGUUUGCAGUGCAGCUGAGUGAUGGCAGGACUAACUGUCCUGACCCGCAGGCGUCUCAGGGCUUCUGGAAACUGCAGUAAUGGUUGCAGUCUCUUUCUGUGGUGCCCAGCGAUUGUAUUCCUGUAACAGGGGUGCUGUAUUUUCAGUUUCCUAUUGAAUCCAUUUAGGCUAAGUAUAGUUUCUGAGCAAUGGAAAAGACAUUUGUGAAUGAAUGCAUACUUGACAGGAGUAUGCAAAUUUUAAGACAAGUGCUUCACAAAAUUUUAGUUUGACUUCUCAGAGAGUAGCCUGUGGCUUAAGAGUCCCAUUGGCUAAAUAAAUUGAUUUCAUGUGUUUAUGUGUCUGUCUCUAUGUCUCUGUCUCUCUGUCUCUCUGUCUCUCUCUGUCUCUCUCUGUCUCUGUCUCUGUCUCUGUCUCUCUCUCUCUCUCUCUCUCUCUCUCUCUCUCUCUCUGUGUAUGUUUUAGGACAUUGUACAAAGAGAAAUCAGCCUCUGAUGGAGAAAUUAAAGCAGGAAGUAGAGAAUCUGUGACCGUGGAAUGACAUUCUUGACAUUUUUUUUUUAGAAAGAGCAAGGAAGAUACGAAUCUAGCCUGACAGAUGAUCAAGUCUCAGGGCUGAGGACUGCACGAGGGUCUGCUUCUUGAAAUUAUGAAGUGGAUGGUUCAGCACGAGUUUUUGAUUUUUAGGAUGGUGGGGCAAAAAUGUUAUACAUUCAGUAGAAAUUUUAGUUUUUAAAAUCUUUCCUCUUAGUCAGCAACAUGAUCGGGAACAAGAACAAUGGUUCACACAAUACGGUGUCAGCUAGCCGCUGGAUGGGUGGGUUAGAGUCGUUAAAUACAGUUCUGACUUACAUUUUCAACUUACAAAUGUAUUGGGGCCGUCCUAGCAGCUCUUUGUGUUCUAAUUCCUUUGUGAUCUAUUCAAUCAAGUAAUUACUACAUUCCAACAAUGAAAAUAAAAAUUAGUCAUAUUUUUAACACAAAAAAACUGUGCAUUAUGAAUACAGAGCUCAGAGGAGGCUCAAGUAGCUCGAGGCCUUUGGUGAAGGAAUUACAAAACCUCUUCUUCCUUAAAUAUGCUCGUUUUCAGAAUGAUCUUUUUUUUUUUUUUUUUUUUUUUUUUUUUUUUUUUUUUUUUUGCUGUCCUAGACAAUGCUUGCUCUGUAUAUAGACUUGAAGCAGCUUCUGAAUUAGAAUUGCUGUUCCUGAUACUAGGCUUAUAAUUACUCAAACAGCAUGAAAAGUUAACAUCUCUCCUCUUCUUCUACAGUUGCUAUUUUUUUUUUUUACUAUUUUAUUUCAUGUAAGAAAAUUGUUUGAAAAUGAUUCCUGGUAUGAAGAGGAUCUGGAGGUUUGAAGUAGGUUAGGUGUUAUCCAUGCCUACCUUUACUCACAUUAAUCAAAGAAUGCCUUGUCAGAAUCAGAUCCCAAGGACUAGAUCAGAAGUUGUUAUAAAGUCUAAGGCUGGGGCUGGCCAGAUGGCUCAGCGACUGAGAACACCGGAUGCUCUGCCAGAGGACCUAGGUUCCAUUCCUAGCACCCACAUGGCAGCUCACAACUGUAACUUCAGUUCCAGAGGAUCUAGCUUCCUUACACAGACACAACAACAACGAACAGGGAGAAAAAUAGAAAUACAAAAAUCGUGAAAAAGUAAGAAAGUUUAAUACCAAGCCAGGAUCAGAAUCUUGGAUCUUGGUAAAGGCAGUGUGAUCUCAACUCAGACUUGGAAGAUUAUCCUUCUCAGAAGAAAAUUGGUACCAAAGUGCCCUACAUGUGACAAGCCUUUAAAACUUGAUUGUACUUAGAAUCAGAGCCAGCCUGGCUGUUUUAAUUGUACUAUAUAUUUAGAUUCAUGUAACCUGACUUAACUUAUUGUGUUAGUUUUCUUUUUCUUUUUGAUGGAUGAACUCAAAACUCACUCCAAAAUUAUGUUAAAGCAGAAUGGGUUUUAAGAGUUGUAUUUAUUUUCAUUUUUUUUGCCUUAGAAUUACUUUUAUAGGUUUUUCUUUGAAAGCUUUUUGCUACUCUGAAAGACUUGUUAAAACAUUUUAGAAGGUAUCUUUAAAGGAUAUUGUGCACCAUUGAAAGAACAGAGUGGUAAAAAGAACAAUUAAGAAAUAAACAAUGGGGGUUGGGGAUUUAGCUCAGUGGUAGAGCGCUUGCCUAGGAAGCGCAAGGCCCUGGGUUCGGUCCCCAGCUCCAAAAAAAAGAACCAAAAAAAAAAAAAAAAAAAGAAAUAAACAAUGGACAUUUAUUAAGUGUGACAGAUUUUUUUUUCCCAGUAUGGUAAGGGGUAAUGUGCAGGCUUAUAGACAAGAAUAUCAGGCUUGAGGCACCGAGGAAAGGUUAUUGUCUUAAUCACUAUGCCUUUGCUGUGAAGGGGCACCGUGACCAAGGCAACUCUUAUAAAAGAAAGUAUUUAAUUAGGCAACUUGCUUACAGUUUCAGAGGUUUAGUCCAUCUUCAUCAUGGCAAGAGCUUAGCAGGCAUAAUGCUGGAGUUGUGGUUGAGAACUACAUCCUGACUGGCAAGCAGAGAGAAAGAAACGCUGAGUUGGAUGUCUUCUUUUGAAAGGGUUCCUCUGGGGGCUGGAGAGAUGGCUCAGUGGUUAAGAGCAUUGACUGUUCUUCCAGAGGUCCUGAGUUCAAAUCCCAGCAACCACAUGGUGGCUCACAAUCAUCUGUAAUGGGAUUCAAUGCCUUCUUCUGGUGUGUCUGAGGACAGCUACAGUAUGCUCAUAUAAAUAAAUAAAUCUUUAAAAAAAGGAAAGUAAAAAAAUAUUAAAGAAAAAAAGGGGUUCCUCCAGUGACAGGAUUCCUCCAAGAAGGCCACACCUUCUAAUCCUUCUAAUCCUUUCAAAGAGUUCCACUCCCUGGAGAGAGUCAUUCUCAUUCUCAUUGCCACAAAGUUGAAAUUGGGUCAAGGAUGAGCUUGAACUCCUGAUUCUCCUGUAGGCCAUAUAAGCCUAGGGCGGCAGGCCUAAUGAAGAGAGAACUGUUGCUGAUAAGAGUUCCCAACUUCCCAGCUGAAACUGCUCCGGGCAUGUUCAAAUUUAAACCAGAGAGAACAAAGGGAAACCCAGAUUACUACAAUUAAAAAUAUAGAAAGAAAAAUUUAUUGUAUAAGCUAUGUCAAAACUGAAUGUCACCCUAUAGGGAACCCCGGUACCAAGAAAGGGAAAUACCUAAUGCACACAGGGGACCAUUAGUGCUACAAAAACAAACCCCAAAUCAAAGUAAUUAACGUGGUGGUUUGAAUAAAACUCGGCAUCCAUAGGCUCAUAUGUUGAAUAUUUGUUUUCAGUUGGUGCACUAUUUAGGAAGGUAGGAUGCAUGUAUGGCCUUGUUGGAGGAGAUGUAUCACACCAGACCCAGUCCCCCCCAACCUACACCCUCGCCCUCUCUACCCCACCCUCCAGAUCAGGAUGUAAGCUCUCAGCUACUACUCAAUCCAUGCCAUGUUUCCCUCCAUGAUGUUCACAGACAAACUCUCUGAAGCUAUAAGCAAGCUUCCAGUUAAAUGCUUUAUCUUAUACUCAGUCCUGAGCAUGGUGUCUCCUCACAGCCAGUCAACAGUUAGGAAAAACAACUAACACAUUUCAAAGAAACAAGCAAACAAACAAACGAACAACAAAGAUCAAAAGCAGCAUAAAUGAGCAAACCAUGCUAGCUGUAUUGACAUUCCCAGACAAUUAGAAUAUCUGUCGCAUGUAAUCCUCACUAUUGCUCUUUUCUGACUUCUACACAAUUGCUUUUAUUUAUCCUACUGAAUCUCUUGUUUAUUUUUAACAUUAGCCCACAAUGCACUCUGUGCUAUGGCAUGUUCAUACCUAAUUUGUUUCUAUUCAUUCCUCCAGGCCAUGUACCCUUCCACCCCUGAUGGUUGCCUUUCUGCUUUGAUGUCACAAAUAUCCUCUUACCCUUCCCCUCUUCCACACAACCUCCAUGUCCUGUCUCAUGGUUCUUUUUUACUUCUUUACACCUAUGGUCAAAUCUUAAUGGACAAAAGGAUUCUGUCAAGCAGAGGAUGUAGGUUAGUUAUUAGAGUGCUUGUUUGAUCCCUGGAAAUAUAUAAAUGGAGUGUGGUGAUGGUACAGGCCUGUCAUCUUAAUCUCAGUUCUCAGAAGGCAGAGGUGGGAGGUUCAGAAGUUCAAGGUCGUCUUUGGCUACACAGAGAGUUUGACAUCCGACCUUAUCUCGGAAGGAAAAAAAAAAAAGUCAAGAACCUUUCUUAUUCUUCUCUUUUACAUAAAAUAUGAACAUUCAGUCAGUUUCAGCAUAAUAACAGAUUUCCCAGACUGUUUAGAACUUAGUAAACACUUCCUUAGUACAUGUCUUAGUUAAGUGAUUGUUUCAUAGAAUGCUGGUCUUUCUCAAAAGUUACUUUCUAAAAACUAUAUCCUAAAUUAAAAUAAGCUGGGCAUAGCAGCUUUCACAUGUGAUCAGAAGGCUGAUCUUUGUGAUGUUGAACAAUUCUAAACCAACAGAUAUAUAGUGAGUUAUUGUUCAAAACAGCUAUAAAGUAGCUACAUAUGUUCACUUCUGAGUAAACAGAAAAAGGUGAGCAUUAGACAUAUUAAUAUUUAUAGUCAUAUGAUAGUCAUGAAAUGUCAGUGGAGAGCUAGCAUCCACAAGCAGAAGAUAUAAAGUGUCUACAUAAAUUACUUCAUCAAUGCUGCAAUCGAUCCUUAUUUUAGAUAUUUGAUUAAUAAAUUUUAGAAACAUUUCUUCCUACUUUGCUUAUAAAAACAGGUCCUAAUUCCUAGGCGUUUGUUUGCCUUUUUCUAGACCCCACCCAGUCUUCCAAACUCAACAAAUUUCUGGUGUUGAUUACUCUUUGCUCAUAGUAAAAUUAUUGACUUUGUGCUUUGUUCAAAUGUUACUCAUUUUCAGCUGUGCAGAAUUUAAUAAGCAUAGACAAGUAUCUAUCUGGGAAGCACAAAGCAGACUUCAAAGAUCCUGUAAUCUGAUAUUAUUACGGUUGUUCUGUCUGAGGUCCCAAAUUGGUGUUUUCAUUAUUUCCUAUCCCCUCCAUGUGACAGAUUUGGUUUUUGGCGCUCUUGACAGCUAAAUUAAUCUCUCUCCAACUAUUAGAUUGGCUCUUUGUUAUAUCCUGUUUUAAGUCACUAUGCUGAACAGGGUCUCUAAAUUACUUAGCUUGCUUUCCUACGGGUUCGCUUCCUCAUCCCCACUGUCUCAGAGGCUCUCCUUUCUCUUCCUUACAUUUUUUUUUUUUUUUAAACUCUUUUACUUAUGAGGGGGUAUUUAAAUUCCAACCCGGAACUUGGGAUCGCGCGCCUUGGAUGACGGGAGUCGUAGUUUCCGUGACUUCUGGGUAACCGCCUUUCAGGCCCACUCCUGCCCUCAGCGAAACCCCACAAAUCCCAGAAUGCACUCUGACAGGCCCGCCCCCUGUGCGCAGGCGCCCUGUGGCCGCAGGAUUUGAAUCGGCGGCGUUGUUAUUGACGCCAUAUUGGGGCCGGCGGCGGGUGGCAGAGUUGGUCCGUGAAGAGAGGGUCGAGUGCAUUGCCUAGCUCUGUGCGGCGGAGCUACCACUCCGCUCCCGCAAGUUGCCGCCGCUCACGAGCUUCUGUCUACACCGGCGUGUUGGAGGUCGCGUUUCGGUCGUGCCACUGACCGGGUCCACUUCCGAAGGGAGCCGGUCUCCGCGCAAGAGCCUCAGCGCGCUCAGCCCGAGCGCACGGCGGGGGCGGCCCGGCCUCUCGGGAGCGGCCCCGAGCGGGCGGCGCGACCCUCGCGCCUCGCCCGCCUGCCCUGUCGCGGCUCCUCUGUCCCGGGCCCCACACCUACCGGGCACCUCGGAGGGCCCGUUUGCCCCGGUCCUUCCCGGCCCCGCCCGAGCCGGGCCUCGGCUGCCCGCCGCCAUGGCGUGCGGAGCCACUCUGAAAAGGACUCUGGAUUUCGACCCACUGCUUAGCCCGGCAUCUCCGAAGCGGAGGCGGUGCGCGCCUUUGUCGGCACCGGCUUCGGCUGCCGCCUCCCCUGCCGCCGCUACCGCCGCCGCCGCUGCCUCUGCCGCGGCCGCUUCGCCGCAGAAGUAUCUCCGGAUGGAGCCUUCCCCCUUCGGCGACGUCUCCUCCCGUCUCACCACAGAACAAAUUCUGUACAACAUAAAACAGGAAUAUAAACGUAUGCAGAAGAGGAGACAUUUAGAAGCUAGUUUUCAGCAGACAGACCCAGGUUGUAGUUCCGAUUCACAGCCACAUGCAUUUCUCAUCAGUGGACCAGCAUCACCAGGGACUUCAUCUGCAACAUCCUCACCAUUAAAAAAAGAACAGCCCUUAUUUACUCUAAGGCAGGUUGGGAUGAUCUGUGAACGUUUGUUGAAAGAACGGGAAGAGAAGGUUCGAGAAGAAUAUGAAGAAAUACUGAACACAAAACUUGCAGAACAAUACGAUGCAUUUGUGAAGUUUACGCAUGAUCAGAUAAUGCGGCGAUAUGGAGAACAGCCUGCUAGUUGUAAGUAUUUGACCUUUGAACUAUAAACAGAAAAGACCAUGUUUUCAUAUUUAAGAAGAGAGUUGAUAUAAAAAGUGUGGAGAAAAGGUUAGUUUAAAGCAAAAGUAAAGUGUUAGGAAGGAAUGAUCUUGUUUGUUGUAAUUUUGCGCUAUCAGCUAUACUAAUACUCCUUUUCUCCUCCAGAUGUUUCAUGAAUCACGCUUUUUGCAUUUGUGGGCUGCCUUGUUCCUUGUUGAGUUGUUGCAGGAGGUCCCAGCUGUGACAUACAGCAAUGCCAGCGCCCAUCUGUGAACCAGGUUACUUCAAGCUUUCGUCAGUGGCAACCACUCUUAGGCAGCAGCAAUUGGUUUUGGAAAUUUCCGUGAUGUCAUUACCACCCGGAUGUGGACCUUUGCUACUUGUAUUAAUACCAGUGGCCUCGUUUUGCUGUAUCAUUACAAUUUGGCUUCUUUAUAUUAAUGUUUGAAAGGGAUUAAAGCUGGCAUUCUAGAACAUGCCCUUCACUGGUUAUGUAAAUAAAACUGUAGAAUGACACGUCAGAUGAAGUUAGUGUGAUUUUAAUUGUGCACUACAACCAAGCUGUAACCAGUUAUUAAUAACUUAGAAUGUAAUCCCAGGACAUUUAAGCAGUUAGUCUACAGUACUUCAGUGAGAUGGAGGAAGAGGAGGAGGAGGGCAUUUCUGUAUUUCAGGACUUUUCUUGGGGUUUCAGAAUGGGUUUAUAUGAUUUCCUUUAUUAUUUUUUGGUAGUUUUAUUUAUUCUAUCAGUCUUUUUAACAAAUGUUUAUUGCUGCACCCCUCCCCCAGUGUAUUAUUGUUUUACUGCCCUUGUAGCACUGGAGUUUAGUUGGAAAAAUAAAACAUUUACUUCUA